AUGCGGCCACCAGCACUCCGCCGAGCACUCGCCCCGGCCCUUCGCCUCACGAGGGGCCACGCAGGCUGCUCCAACCCCCACCACCACCACCCGCCGACACCGUCGUCCAGCUCGGCGUCGUCUGCCGCCCCCGCCCACACCCACCACUCCCACUCUCACUCCCACACCCCCACCCACGCUCACGUCCACUCCUCUGCCGCUGCACAGACCCCAAGUGCCCUCCCCCACCGUACUCCUGGCGCGGCGCUCAAUGUCCCCACCACCGCCGGUGGCCCGCACGAGAGCGCGGCGUACUGCGCUUCGCUGGUGCAGAGGCUCGACCCGGAUGCCUGGCUUACAUCGUACUUCUGGCCCAAGCGCGAGCGAGACUGGUGGUUUGCGAUCCGCGCGUUCAACGCGUUGGAAGAGCGAAACAGGCGGUCCAGCUUGCGUCUCCAGCACAUGAACAAGCUGCUGCUUCGCGACACCCUCCUUCCUCGUGCACCUGGAGGGCAUACCCGCGCUUCCCUCAAGCUCUACUCACCACUGACUGACAACCUCCAGCUCGAGCUCCACCAGGUGACCACGACCGUCUCCCAGCCAGCCAUCGCAGCCAUGCGCCUCCAGUUCUGGCGAGACGCGCUCUCGGCAAUCUACUCGGACAACAAGCCCGUCCCGCAGCACCCGGUCGCCAUCGCUCUGGCGGAGAUGCGCAAGGCGCGUCCCGUGAUGAAGUAUUAUCUCUCGCAGAUGAUUGAGGUUAGGGCCAAGACGCUGUCGCUCCCACCCGCCUCCCCUUCACUCGAAGAGUACAUUACGACCUACUCGCCGCUCGCCGGUGCCCUCCUGCAAGGGCCCCUGCCGAUCCUCCUCGCGCCCAGCGACGCGGGCACAUCGCACAUUGCGCACACGCUCUCGCACGUCGCCAACCUCCUGGCCGUCACGACAUUGCUUCGCGGCAUGCCGCAGCUCGCCGCCAAGCGCCAGCUCGCGAUCCCCUCGGACGUGCUGGCGUCGCACGGAGUCGUGGAGGAGCAGGUGUUCCGCGCCGGCGCCGAGGCGAGCGGGCUCAAGGACGCCGUGUUCCAGAUUGCCACGCGCGGCAUGGACGAGCUCAUCACGGCGCGGACAGACCUCAAGAGCGACAAUGGUAAAGUCGUGCCCGCGCAAACCAUGCCCCUCUUCCUCGCGGCUGUGCCGGCGGAGCGGUACCUCCAGCGCCUGGAGGCCGCCGACUUUGAUGUGUUCAGCCAAGAGCUGCAAAAGGCCGAUUGGAAGCUCGCACCCAAGAUUUGGUGGACUUACCAGACGGGCAAGUUGUAG